AGUUUUGUCGCUGUGAGUAAUGUGAGCGAAGGAGUGAUUAUAAUGGCCCGAGAAUUGCGUGUGUGAAUGUGCGUUUUCGUUCUUGCAUUCCAUUUUAUAGUCUAAUCAGUAUGCAACAUUGUUUUAAGUUCAUGUGACGUAUGCAAAUUAUUUUAUAUGGAAAGAUGAACCAGUAUAUAGUGCGCAUUGAAUGAAGAAGCGGUGUUCAUCAUGGUUACGUUAACGCGCUUAGCAAGAGUGCUUCUACGUCGUAAGUUUCUUUGCAGACAUGUUGCCACCUAUAAGGUCAAACCGGCUCUUUCGUUUUCAAAUGAAGUACAAAAUACAUUUAAGUUUGCAGAUUUGUCUGUACACCUUGCCUCUCCUGAGCAACUGCAGCAGAAGCCAGAAGUAACAGCUCUUCAAUUUGGGAAGCAUUUCACAGAUCACAUGUUGAAAAUUCUGUACCAUGAAUCUCUUGGGGGCUGGCAGAGGCCUGAGAUUCUUCCAUUUGAAAAUAUAGUGCUUCACCCAGCCGCCAAAGUUUUGCAUUAUGCAACUGAGCUGUUUGAAGGUAUGAAAGCAUACCGUGGUGUGGACGGAAAGAUAAGGAUAUUUCGGCCAGAAAAGAACAUGGAACGCAUGAAUCAGUCAGCUCUUCGAGCUGGCCUUCCUACAUUUGAUGGCGAGAACUUCAUCAAGUGCCUCUGUCAGCUUCUGAGUAUAGAGCAGGAAUGGGUCCCACAUUCUGAGUCAUCCAGCCUUUACAUCCGCCCGACUCUUAUUGGUAUUGAUCCAUCAUUGGGCGUGGCACAGUGUGCAUCAGCGUUGCUGUAUACGAUCCUGUGCCCAGUUGGUUCCUACUUCUCUGGUACAGGUGAGGCUGCAGUAUCGUUGCUGGCUGACCCUCGAUUCACGCGUUCGUGGCCGGGUGGUUGUGGAGACAAGAAGAUGGGUUCCAACUACGCUCCAACAAUACACGUUCAGCAAGAAGCCCUGGGCCAAGGACUCCAGCAAGUCCUCUGGCUGUACAGUGAUGACCACCUGAUCACCGAGGUUGGCACCAUGAAUAUUUUCAUGUUCUGUAUCAACGACAGUGGAGAGAGGGAGCUCAUAACACCACCCCUGGAUGGGUUGAUCCUCCCGGGCAUCACAAGGGCAUCCAUUCUCGAGUUGUCACGUGAAUGGAAUGAAUUCCGUGUGUCAGAGCGCAGCAUACCAAUGUCUGAAGUUGUGCAUCUGCUUAGUGAGAACAGGUUGCUGGAAUUGUUUGGUGCUGGAACAGCUUGUGUGGUGAGUCCUGUUGCAUCAAUAUCAUACAGGGGUGAGACGCUCCAUAUUCCUACAGAGAGACACAAGUACCCAAUUUACGCAAAGUUCCGACAGACACUCACAGACAUCCAGUAUGGCCGUGUUUCACAUCCAUGGGCUGUGCCAAUCGACACUUAGCGUGCUGUGUAAUGUGCUACGCUUAAUUUAUUCGUUGCAUGUCACUUGCAGUUCUGCUCUGUGUAUCUUCUGUUUACAGUAAUAUGCCAAAAGACAUACUUUGUACUGAAAACAGGUCAAUUAGUAGGAAUCCAUAAUGGCCUUUUGUUAAGUCUGAAUAUUUAGUUUUUCAUAUACAGUGCGAACCAAACCAUUUCGUAGUUGUGAGGGGUUUUGCUGCUCAUAUCUUUCAUGUAUGGUAGUUUUGGUUUCUGGUCUAUGUGCGUUGUUCAGAUACUGGGUGAUGGAUGGACAGAAAUCCAGUAUUCCUAAAAUAAAUUACUGUUUGUCAACAGAAUUAUUUUAGUGACCACAGGAGAUUGUUUCAGAGAUGGACAUGGCUCAGUAUGU